UCAUUGUGGACGGGGAAUUUUGUAAACACCUGGUGUGGGCUGCUAGACCCGAAUUAGAAGUUCCCGGGUUUGAACCAAAAGGGAAAACGGCUGCAUCCUCAGGCUGUGACAGACCGCGUGUACCGCCGCCAUCUUUAUUAGGGACAAGGUGCAGCAGUACGCAUGUGCUGUUUUUCCUUGGGGGCGAAGCGAUAUAAGGAGAUAUUAAUUGGGAAUACCUUGCAGACCGGGAUCUCAAAUUUGCUUAAGAAUCAGCAGGAUCAUUGAAAUCUGAACAUCAUUGGCAUUUAACUAUGGAAGGCUAAAGGAUUUUGGACGUUGGAGGAAAAAGCACCAUUCAUACCGGGGUGAAACACGUGUGGAAGAGUCUGUGAAGGUUCAUCUGAAAUGUCCAAACGCCAGCGCAAUGACACUAGGGAGAGACGAUGGAAAUGUGGGGAUUGCGGGAAGGGAUUUCUAUUCCCAUCCCAACUGGAAACUCACCAACACAGUCACAGUGGGGAGAAGCCAUUCACUUGCUCUCAUUGUGGGAAGGGAUUCAUUCGGUCAUCCCACCUGCUGGAACACCAGCGAGUUCACACUGGGGAGAGACCGUUCACCUGCUCCAGUUGUGGAAAAGGCUUCAUUCAGUCAUCUGGCCUGCUUAAACACCAGCGGAUUCACACUGGGGAGAAACCAUUCACCUGCUAUGAUUGUGGGAAAGGAUUUGCUCAGUCAUCCAGCCUGCAUGUACACCAGCGAGUUCACACAGGAGAGAAACCAUUCACUUGCACUGAAUGUGGGAAAGGAUUCACUCAGUCAUCCAGCCUGUUGAUACACCAGCGAGUUCACAGUGGGGAGAGACCAUUCACCUGCUCUGAUUGUGGGAAAGGAUUCAGUCACUCAUCCAACCUGCUUAAACACCAGCGAGUUCACACUGGGGAGAGACCAUUGACCUGUUCUGUGUGUGAGAAAGGCUUUGCUGAUUCAAACUCCCUGCUGAUACACCAGCGAGUACACACUGGAGAGAGACCUUUCACCUGCUCUGAGUGUGGGAAGGGAUUCACUUGCUCAUCUAACCUACUGAGACACCAGAGCGUUCACACUGGGGAGAGACCGUUCACCUGUUCUCAGUGUGGGAAGGGAUUUACUCAAUCAUCCAAACUGUUAACACACCAGCAAAUUCACAAAGAACUUCAGUUGAAGGAUUUUGCUGUGACUCGCACCAAGGAAUAAAUUGUGGUCUUUGGGCCAUUGCUGAUGUUAUUAAUCACUGCUCAAUUUAAAGGUGCUGAUAUUGUAGAUAAAAUGUUAAUAACAAUUCUGUAUCUGUAGGGUAAAUUUUAGAGUAACAAUAUGAUUAUAUACAUCAACACCUUCACACUGGAUAAAAGUUGUCCACCUGAGUAGUGUUUGAAAAGGGAUUUCCUGGCUCAUCACCAGUGAAUUUCUAAGUAACUAUAGCAGUUUUUGAUACUAGGGUUAUCAAUAUAUCCAAACCAUGUUUCUGAUGAUCAUUAGAUAGUCAUAGAAUCCACGCACUGUGGAAAUGGGCCAUUCUGUUCCUCAAGUCCACAGUGAGCUUCCAGAAAGCUUCCUACCCAGUCGCAGUAACCUUGCAUUUCACAUGGCUAAUCCGUUUGACCUACACAUCCCUGGACAGUAUGGGCAAUUUAGCAAUCCACCCUAACCUGAACACCUUUGGACUGUGGGAGGAAACCCACACAGACAUGGGGAGAAUGUGCAAACUUCACACACAGUCACCCAAGGCUGGAAUUGAAUGCCCCUCAGGUGCAGUGAGACUAACUACUAACCACAGAGCCACUGUGAUAUUUGUACAUAGCACAUGUUUGGCUACCAAUCUGGGAGAAAAAUGAUAUAAACAGCUUUUUGUUAAAA